GUGCGGAGAGGCUAAAGGGCCGAUCUGUGACUGCCAGGCCAGAGAGUCGAGUAGCGGGAGGCGUUCGCGUGAACACAUGACUGCAUGUGUAUUCGGGGGUAAGUGGCGCUACUGGUGACGGAUUCAUGCAACAGCGUGGGAUUUGCGUCGUAAUAUUUCUUAGCGUUUCGUCGUGUUUCGUAUAUUAAACAAUAAAUAUUUCGUAAAUAAAUAAGUGUAGACAGUAAAAUGGGCGGCUCAACAUGCUGUGUAGUUAACUGUAAAAAUACAGCUACCAAUAGCAACUGUAGAUUUUUCAGAUUUCCUCGGAUGAGUUACAAACUGGAGCAAAGAAGAAGGUGUAUUUCUGCUAUCCGGAGAGUCAAUCCUGACGGUUCAUCGUGGUCACCAACUUCAAAUGAUUUAAUAUGCAGUGCACAUUUUGUUGGAAAUAAAAAAUCUGAAGAGCAAAAUAGCCCAAGUUACGUUCCAACUAUAUUUCCAACAGUAUAUAAAUCAAGGAAGAUUAAUGUAACAAUGGAGUGAAAAAAAAUUACGAAGGUAUGAAGUUAAAAUGAAAACAAUUUGUUGAAAAUCCCACCAGUUCAAUACUGCAACCCGC